UAAAACAGAGAGUUGGUUUCGAGAGUGUUAUAACUUCUAAGUUUACCAGACCUGUCUAAAUCCGCUUAUUAGGCAAGUAUUUGAUUAAUUUGAAUGUAAAUUCAUAAUUUCUCUCAGAAGUUCCAUUUUUUGAAAAAGACCUUUCACAAGCUCUGUCUUUACAGAAUUAAGAGUAUGGUACUGUAAAUGGUGCAGCACUUGGAAUUAUAGUGUAGGCUUUGGGGCACUAAUCACCUCCAGUAUGUUUAGCAAGCUGGCUCAACAACCCUGGGAAAGAAGAGGAACCAGCCUUUUAAUGUAGUUUUAAUGACGUUGGAUUGGAGUAAAAUAUUAAUGGAACUCCGAUGUUUUUCUUCCUUUUUCCCUUCAACGUGAUGGCUGGUUGCGGGGAUUACCAACACUUUGUGUGCUGCUGUUUCCUAGGAUGACGCUGGGAGCAACAAAACAACAGUGAAGGAAAAUGGCACAUCAAGCAGUCAUCGAUCAUCAGGGUAAGGUCUAGUAAUAUGUUACAGAAAAUUUAGUGUUACAUUAACUCUUUACUGGUGUAACAUGUCACAAAAGUAAGUGAUGACUAUUGUUCUGUUUGUUAUAGAAUACUGUUCAGUACAUUCCAGUGAAUUAAUAAUUUUUGUUGGUGAGUAUGGAUGUGAUGCAGUUUUAAGUGCGAGGUAUCUCAAAAGAAGUUUCUUUCUUUAAUUUGGUUUCUGAUCAGCUUUCACAGACCUCUUUUAGUGUGUUAGAACUCUCCACAUCACCCUUUGUUUAGUUGUGUUGGAGAACACAUUCAUUCAGGCCACUAAAUAAUAUGUUUACAUUAUGCAGGAAAAGCAAACAUCGGAGUCGCAGUAGGUCCCGUGAUAAAGGACGUCAUCGGAGCCGGUCUAGAGAUCGCCACCGUGAUCAUCACCGGGACCAUGAGAAGAGACGCAGCAGGGACCGAGAUCGCCAUGACAAAGAAAGGAGGAGGAGCAAGGACAGAGAUCACCAUAGGAGGAGGGACAGGUCUCGUGACCGCGAACGUGAACGUGAAAGGGAAAAGGAAAAGGAGAAGGAAAGGGAAAGAGAACGAGAACGAGAAAGGGAAAAGGAGAGGGAAAGGGAACGAGAAAGGCGGAAAAGAUCUUUGUCACCUAUUGUGCUUCCUCGUGCAAGAGACAAGUACCCUUUCAGAAAAGGAGUCUCACCACUAGGAUUGGGUGCCACUGAUGAUCUUGCUCCUGAAGAACGUGAUGCACGGACUGUCUUUUGCAUGCAGUUGUCACAGAGAAUCAGAGCAAGAGACCUGGAAGAAUUUUUCUCAUCUGUUGGAAAAGUUAGAGACGUCAGGCUUAUCACUUGCAACAAAACUCGCCGUUUUAAAGGCAUAGCUUAUGUUGAAUUCAGGGAUCCUGAAUCUGUCCCUUUGGCACUUGGUUUGUCAGGACAAAAGCUGCUUGGUAUUCCCAUUAUAGUUCAGCACACUCAGGCUGAGAAAAACAGGGCAGGCAAUACAAUGCCAAAUAUGGUUGUGCCUAAAGGAAACAGUGGCCCAAUGAGACUUUAUGUGGGGUCUCUGCACUUUAAUAUUACAGAAGAUAUGCUGCGCGGUAUUUUUGAACCUUUUGGAAAGAUUGACAAUAUCCAGUUGAUCAUAGACCCAGAGACAGGAAGGUCGAAGGGCUAUGGCUUCCUGACGUUUCACAAUGCUGAAGAUGCCAAGAAAGCACUAGAGCAGCUGAAUGGAUUUGAAUUGGCUGGCCGUCCUAUGAAGGUGGGAAAUGUAACUGAGAGAUCAGAUUCUGCUCAGGGUACGUCGAUAUUGGACAGUGAUGAAUUAGACAGGACAGGAAUUGAUCUUGGUGCGACUGGCAGAUUGCAGCUGAUGUGCAAGUUAGCAGAAGGUACAGGAAUGCAGAUUCCUCAGGCUGCAGCAACAGCAUUAAACUUAAAUUCUGCUGGAGCUCUCCCAAUGCAGCAAACGACACCCCCAAUUGCCACACAGUGCUUUAUGUUGGCAAACAUGUUUGACCCGUCUACGGAAACCAAUCCAAAUUGGGAUAUCGAAAUUAGGGAUGAUGUGAUAGAAGAGUGUAACAAACAUGGUGGUGUCUUGCAUGUUUAUGUAGACAAAGCAUCAUUACAAGGAAAUGUCUAUGUAAAGUGCCCCUCAAUCAGCACAGCUGUGGCAGCAGUGAACUCGUUACAUGGCAGGUGGUUUGCAGGUAGAGUAAUAACAGCAGCAUAUGUCCCACUAAUUAAUUACCACAGCUUAUUCCCAGAUGCAAUGACAGCGCUACAGUUAUUAAUGCCAUCAGCUGCGAGAAGAGGGAUGUGAAAUUGACUGAAAAUGCCAAAAAACAAAUGUACACUAGACUGUGAGAUCACAUUUGUGAUAAUUAUGUGGCACAGGAACACAUAGGGUGCAUUCUGAAAAUCAGCUUGUUUCAGAAUGUGUGUGUUGUGUCAACAUGUGAAAUUUAUUCUGUAUAUAAUGAAUAUUUGAUGAAUGUGUGAGAUAUUAGUGUAUGUUAAUAUUUUUAUGUUUAAACUUUUUAUGUUAGGAGAAUGAGAGUAUUUCUAUGUUGUAAUGUGUUUAUCUUUUUGUACAGUUGCAUUGUACUGAAGUAAAGCACUGACUUUGUGAUUUAUUGUUUUUACUUGUUAUGCAAGUUUGAUAAAGAUCUGACGGGAGUGUUGAUGGUACUGUAAAUUGACAUAUUAAAUAAAAAGAUUUUUUUGUAUUGUAA